AUGGACAUCAAUUUAGAAAUCAAUGACGAUUCUGCAAAUAACGAUGAACAAAAGCAGCCACUUCUGCGAAACGCGGAGGUUCCAGAGGCAGAGAGGAACCUGAUACAGAAAGCUAUAAGUUCAACAUUUCAAAGUACCGCGCACUUGGCAAACCUUCUACCUACUGGCACUGUUCUAGCUUUCCAACUUCUGUCACCAAUUUUUACAAACAUUGGCAAUUGUGACUCUAUCAGCAAGUCCAUGACUUCUGUACUUGUGACUCUCUGUGGUGCUUCAUGCUUCCUGCUAAACUUUACUGAUAGCUUUAGAGACAGCAAGGGGAAUAUAUGUUAUGGCUUUGCCACCUCUAAGGGCUUGUGGGUCAUUGAUGGAUCAACCAAACUUCCACCACAAGUUUCUGAAAAAUAUCGCAUACGGUGUAUAGACUUUAUCCAUGCAAUGAUGUCGAUUUUGGUAUUUGCAGCAAUCGCGUUAUUUGAUCAGAAUGUGGUGAAUUGCUUUUUUCCAGAACCAUCAAAUGAGAUACAGGAAAUCCUAACGGCAUUGCCAGUGGCAAUUGGCGUCUUUUGCAGCAUGCUUUUUGUUACAUUUCCUACUGAGAGACAUGGAAUUGGCUUCCCCCUUUCGACAAGUUAA